UCAAGGAUGAAUAAGGAUGGGGCGACAGGCGCGAGCCGAUUGGCUGACGCCGUGCUUGCGCGACGUGGUGGGGGUCGAGCGCACAGCUGAUGCAGCCAGUUGGUAUAGUUAGCAGUCUCCUUGGAACGCGGAGUCAGUAGCACACGAGCGCUCGUUCAGCGAGCAUCGUUUUCGUCAGUAGCGGGAAUAAUGUCACCCCGUGUUCGAAAAGCGACCGUGAGAAAAUCUUAACGCGCCGUUCCUCAUCGAGGGCCGAGUAAAGUACUAGUAUACGAUCAGAGUGCGAGCCUCCGUCAACGUGGAUGAGAGAAAAAUAAAUCUCGGAAAACGUGAAAAAGCCACGUUAGAAGCUCUUAGCCGUCGUCAUAGAGUAUUUUACACGGUAGUGACAUUAAACUUUAAAUAUAAGCUUUUGCCGAUACAACGAGGUCCUUGCCUGUUUCUCGUGUAAAUCUCGACGUGAAGACGUUCCCGGCCAGUGAGUCUCGAUUCCUCUUGUCGUCUGGAAUAUCGACGAUUUUAUGGCUACGGUUUUACGUUCGUUCUUGGGUGGAUAUAUACGCUGCAGUACUCCUGAGACUUAUGGGUCUUUCGACUUGUCUUCUAUGCGAGUGUGAAAUAUACGGACAGAGGACUCAAUAGCGACUUGUGUCGCCGCUUUGCGAACCGGAUUUCGAAGGAACUGAUAUUCGCUUGAGAUCGAGCGAUUUAUUGUGCCGAGUACAUUUUCGUUUUUUGUGUGGUGUUUAUCGUGAAGCUUUGAAAGUGAAGUGAUCUGCUUAUAAAUUUGGAAAAAAAAAAAUGGUGCCGCAACAGCAAGACAGUCCGUCGAGCUCGGGGAUCCCCCUGUUCGGAUCCCUACUUGUGGAUAAACAUUCGACGACGCCGUAUUCCGAUGCUACCCAGACAAAGAAGAACAAUCCGAACCACAUAAAAAGACCGAUGAACGCUUUCAUGGUCUGGUCCCAGAUAGAGCGUAGAAAAAUAUGCGAGGUUCAGCCCGACAUGCAUAACGCCGACAUCAGCAAGAGACUCGGUAAGCGCUGGAAGACCCUGGACGAGGCCGAGAAGAGGCCGUUCGUCGAGGAGGCCGAGCGUCUUCGACAGCUGCACAUGGUGGAGUAUCCGGAUUACAAGUACCGACCGAAGAAGAAGGUACCGAAACCGAGCCCGAUGCCCAAGGUCAAGGAAGCAAAGAAGCAGAAGAAGUCCAGCGUCGGCAGCGCGACCAGGACGAAGAACGACACGAACAACAACAAUCAGACGCCUGUAAAGAGGCUGCAGACCAGUCCCACGACAAAUCCCGUCUCGAGGCUCAAGGUCAGGUUGGCCCUUGACAAGAGGACGCCUGAUUAUACGCCUGUUCCGCCCAUCGUCACCGCCAAGGUACCGAGUAGCCCCUCGUGCGACACGCCGGACUCGCCCGAGUCCGCCAGCUUCUACGAGGACAACUUCAUCGACUGCAGUCGGUUUCCGAUGAAGAUCAAGCAGGAAGUGGAGCACGAUUACAAACCGGAAUUCACGAACGAACGGCAUUUGGGCUCGGUCAGGCCGUUCUCCAAGAUGGAUACCAUCGACGCCAUGGACGGUCUCGAGGGAAAGACUUUUCAGCGAACGUCCACCCCCUGUCUCGAUCCUGCCUUCACUAUCAAAGAGGAACCCAUGGAGACGGCUGCUACCACCACAAUAACCGUUGGCAACAUUGCCCUCAAUACGGUUAGCGGCAGUGGUUGCAGUCCUGCCAACACCACAAGCACUGCCAGUGUCAAGAUGGAGGAAACGGGGAAUCCAAGUCUCGCCGAUCUCGAGUCCCUCACGGAUCUUCUUCAGAUCCAACCUUCCGACUUCAAGCUUGACCUCGACAUGGACACCAUCACCAAGGACCUCGAGUCGUUCGAGACGACGAGCUCCAGCAGCGGUUCCCACUUUGACUUCUGCGCGACCCCUGACGUCUCCGACAUGCUGUCCAACAUUGGCGUCAGCAGCGAGUGGAUCAGCUAUUGAGCUUCCGGAUCUUCGAUGAAGACGACGCGAUGCUUGUCGUUCUUGUUUAUUAUUCGUACGUCGACGUCGACCUCGUCCCCUUGUGCCCUGGUGGGUUCAAUGAGACGUCGGGCAGACGUCAGGCACCCAGGGGAUGUCUCUACUUAUAGACGCUCAUCCGCAAUGAGUGCGUGUAUUUUUGGUAAUGGAAAAAAAAAAA